AUGGGGAAGAAAGUCAUUGCUAAAAGAGCACCGCGUGAGAAAAUCCAUAAACUUCCAGGAUAUCCAAGACCAUCAACUCGUUCUCAAGACACCACCUUUACUCCUUCACCUUCUCCUCCUACCUCUCCUCCUCGAACUGAUCCCAUGGCUCGUACCAAGACCACUCCAAGGUAUCCUGCCUCUGCCAAACCGACACCACCACCAAAGGCAACGCCUUCCAAACCUGCCUCUUCAAAACCUGGUUCUUCAAAGCCAUCCUCAUCCAAAGGGAAGCGUCCGGCGACGGAAGAACCUGUUUCCGAGCCACCACAACCCAGGGCAAGAUUCAAAUCUGCCAUGAACAAUAAUUUUUAUGAAGGGGUUAUCCAGUAUCAUACCCUGUGUCCAUCUUUUCUAGCUGAUCUACAUUUAUAUCUAAAAGGAGGUGGUUCAGUGAAACAGCAAAAAGGACCAACUCGAUCUGAGAGAGUGGUUCUAGAUGAUGAUGAUGAUGAAGAAUACAUCCCAGAUGACUCUCCUCCUCCUUCCACUGAGGGUACUUCCAUUUCCACUGGGAAGAAAUCUGCUCUGCUGAAUGUGGUCAAGGAUAUUGCUCAAGAGUUUAUUUUCCAAUCAAAUCACUUAAUUGCCAUGAGCAAGGAACAAAGGAAGCUAGCUAGCAAGCAUGAGAACUUGCUGAAGAAAUCAAGAGAUAGGGUGGCUGUGCUCAUGACCUUCAUUGAUAACCUUAAUAAUGAUGAAGACAUUGCCACUGAUGUUGAAGAGGAAGCUGCUUCGGAGGGGGAUGGUUCUGAUACCUAG